CGGUGCGUCUGCACAGGCGCCGACGCUGCCGUCGACGGGGCAGAGCGCGCAGUGGCGGCCAAUGACAGAAGAUGGGUGGUUCUCAAGACCAAGUGCGAAGUCCAUCGCGUGUACCGCUGGCAUGAGGAUGUGUUUGACCAGAUAGGCCACGUGGUGAAUCGCAUGCGACGCAUCGCAAAUGCUUUGAACGGUGGUGAUGCCAUGAGGUGGUUCCGCAAGGUUCUGCGACGCACCAUCGACGGCAUGCUGCACUACGUGCCCGACGUCCGCGAGUCGGUGUCGUGGCUGGGGCUCAUGGAGAGCGUUCACGGCUUGCUCACCACUGCGUUUCUUCAGUGGUCUGGUAUUGCUCCAUCUCCUUCGUCGGCUGGGCAUCCCAAGUUUCGUGGCGACGGGUCGGACGACGAUGCCGUUCCUGCCGCCUGUGGCGGCGGCGGUGACGGGCGCGAUGGCCAGCCCGACCUUGGCGCAGCUGCAGGCGCCGACCCGAGUGAUGCCAAGAGGAAGGAUCAGUCGAAGCACCGCUAUCUCGGCGGCAAGUGGUUGCGGGAUAAUGAUGGCUACGCCCUCGGUACUUUCAUCAUGAUAUCGAAGGUGAUUGCGCCUCUGACGAAUAUCAUGGAUAACUACUUGCGUGCUGGUUUGGAACUUCAGGACAAGGUCGAGGAGCGGAGAAAGCUUUUCGGCGUUCCUGGAGUUGACUCGGCUGACGGGCGUCACGCCUUGCUGGCGGCGGAGAACAAGUUCGAGCGGCAGUGCUUCGAUGAGAUCGCAGACUUGAUGGUGAACCCUGCCCAGUGGCAUAUCAUGCCAGCGCCGUGCAG